CUAUUUGGAGGUUAUAUUCUCUAUUCAUUUCAGUGUAAAAAUGAGUGCAAACUUAUCGGACACUUCGUUGCGGAAGAGAAAUCAAAAUGAAUCAAAUCCACGAGAAAGUGAUUCUGUAUCUAAAAUACAUAAUAUUAUGCAACUCACAGACCCUUGUCAUGAAAUCAAAGAAUCGCUUUUGAGUAAAUCAAACAAUGAAAUCAAUUCGAGAGGAUUUCUCAAUUUAGCACUUGUUUUGCUGGUUUUAUCCAACUUAAGGGUAGCCCUCAAUAAUGUGAUUACAUUUGGGAUACUUAUAGAUCCGGGGAAAUGGACGGCAAUACUGAUGCAAAAUCCGUUAUAUCGGCCGACGUUUCUAUUACUCAUUGCUCUCAAUAUUUUUAUAACAAUAGCCUUAUAUAUAGAGAAAAUUGUGGCCAAAAAACGGAUCAGUGAGAAGAGAGCCAACCAUUUAAUUGUUGCCAACAUUGGAGUCAUAUUAAUAUCUCCCAUAAUUGUGAACAUAUUAUUUGAAUGCAAUUUAUUGUUGUCUUCGUUUGUUUGCGGCAUUUAUUCGGUUGUAAUUUUAAAAUUAAUAUCAUAUCAUUCGGUGAACGGUUGGUGUAGAACUGCUAUAAGAUAUGGUAAACCAAUCGCCACUUUCCGGGAAGUUAAACAAGAAUACCUGAAAAUAAUUGAUACUAAAAAUUUAGUCCAUUAUCCAAAUAAUCUCAGUGUAUGUGAUAUUUACUAUUUCCUAUACGCGCCGACACUUUGCUAUCAAAUCAAUUUCCCACAAACGCCGCGAAUUAGGAUUAGAUUUGUUUUAACGCGACUAAUAGAAAGUGCAGUUCUUCUUCAAAUAAUAGUUGGAUUAAUACAACAAUGGAUUAUUCCUGGGGUUAUGAACUCAUUGGAACCCUUCCAGGAUAUGGAAUAUUCAAAAAUCAUUUCACGAUUAUUACUAUUAGCGGUGCCCAACCAUAUAAUAUGGCUGAUAUUUUUCUACACAUUUUUCCAUUCAUUCAUGAAUCUAAUGGCAGAAAUACUCAGAUUUGGAGACAGAGAUUUCUACCACGAUUGGUGGAAUUCCGAAAGUGUGGAUCAAUUCUGGCAGAAGUGGAAUAUUCCGGUCCAUAAGUGGUGCGUCCGUCACGUCUAUAAGCCUCUGGUCUAUAGAGGAUAUUCUCGAUUCCACGCCUCGUGUGCUGUAUUCAUAAUCUCAGCCUUUUUUCACGAAUACAUUGUUUCGAUUCCGUUAAAAAUGUUGGAGAUUUGGUCUUUCGCUGGAAUGUUAGGACAAAUUCCGUUCGCAAUAUUUGUCUCGACGUGUCUGAGAAGUAAUGCGGCAAACGUUGCCAUUUGGUUGCAUCUUAUCAUUGGUCAGCCGCUCGCUAUUCUCAUGUAUUAUCACGAUUAUUAUGUAAUGCAUUUCGCCAAAUAG